AUGGAUACUAUGAAAGAUUUCGUAGAAGUAAUGGAUUAUUUCUCAAAUUUGGCUAAACGAUGUUAUAGUGCUGGUGUUGAUACAUCAUGUCAAAACUCAUCCUAUUUUCACUGUCGUAAUUCAUCAAAAUGCAUUUCAUAUCAUCGUGUUCAGGAUGGUUUCUCUGAUUCUUAUUAUAAUGUAGAUGAAACAUUCGAUGCUUGUCAAUUUAACGACUCCAAGCGAUUCAGAUGUAAAUCAUAUACAAACAAAUGCUUAUCACCAAUUGCCGUAGGUAAUGACGUCCGUGAAUGUUCCGAUGCAGAAGACGAAAUAUAUGUAUAUCAUACAAAUUCAGUUGCACUGACACCAUUUCCAUUUUUAUGCAAUAAGAAUCGAGUUCGGGAUUGGCAACUUUCUCGGGAAGACGAUCGCGCAGCAGAAAAUUGUGACUGGUGGCCAUGUGAUACUCCAUAUACACAUUGUAACAACGCAUGGGAUUGUCCAAAUGGUAUCGAUGAACUCAAUUGUUCAGACACAAUAUGCCAGUUCAAUAAACAUGAAUGUAUCAAUCAACAAACAUCAUUAUCUUAUUGUUUACCAGUAACUAAUAUGUUUGAUAAUAUAAUCGAAAAUUGUAGCAAACUUACUAUCGAGCGUAAAUUAUAUUUCGGCAAUGAAACAAAUGAUUUGAGUGAAUAUUAUUAUUCAUGGAAUAUCAGUAAAUGCAUUACAUCUGAAAAAAUUUGUCGUCACCAUUCACAGAAAUCAUUAGAACACAAUGAUGUGUGCCUUCAACAAACUGAUUUUCUAAAACAUUCAUUUAAAUUGGAUGUCUGUCUUAUAAGAAACAAAGAUUACUUGUGCACCAUACGAUACGGUUUACGUGUACUUAGAAAUUUUCAUAUUUUAAUUACUCGACGAUCUGGUUAUUUUCCAAAACCAAAUAUUAAUAUUUCUGUUUCAUCUAUAACUAAAACCAAACAGAAAAAAAUGAUUUUAUCUAAUAUUAAUAUAAAAUAUCUUGGAUAUUGUCAUCAAGGUAUUGUUGUUUUAACUGAUGUCAAUCAGACAAAAAAAUGUCUUUGCCCACCAAAUUAUUUUGGUAAUAGAUGUCAAUGGCAAAAUCAACGUAUUAGUUUGACUCUACAAUUCUUAUUACGCACUAAAAUAUCUCUAAUGAAUAUUUUUCGAAUAAUUAUUAUGCUUAUAGACGAACAAGGACAGAUUGUUGGUGAUCAUGAGCAAAUAACAUAUAUGCCUGUUUGGGAUCGUAAUACUAAAUAUAAUAUUUACUUACUUUAUCAAAAUCGUCCAAAAAAUUUAUCUAUAAAUUAUUCAAUUCGUAUUGAUGCUUUUGAUAAAAUAACUUUAAAUUAUUGGAUUAGUUGGUAUUUACCAAUACCAUAUUCAUUUUUACCUGUUAAUCGAAUAGCUACUCGAUUACAUAUUCAUGAUAUUGAAGAUAGAGAAUCAUGUUCUUUAUCAUGUGGAAAUCAUGGUCAAUGUAUGAGAUAUACAAAUAAUAAAUCAUUAUUUUUUUGUCAAUGUGAACAUGGAUAUUCUGGUCCUAAAUAACAAAUUUAUACUGAAAUAUUACCAAAACAACGUUGUUCUCCAAUUGAAGAGCUUCUAAAUAAAACAUUUGUUAAUUAUGAAUAUUUUACGCGUACAAAAUAUUAUCCAUUUCUAUGUCGACAAUAUUCUCAACUUAUGUGUUUUUAUGAUAAAGAAAAUUUGUGUAUUUGUGAUCUUGAUCGAUUCUCAAAUUGUUUUCUUUUCAAUCAUACAUUAAAUUAUGAUUGUCAAGGUUAUAAUUAUUGUGAAAAUAAUGGACAAUGUUUUCAAAAUAAUCAAACAUGUCAAACAAAAUCAAUAUGUAUAUGUAAAAAUUGUUACUAUGGUAGUAAAUGUCAAUUUUCAACAAAAAGUUAUAUAUUUUCACUUGAUCCUAUUCUUAGUUAUCAUAUCAAACCAAAUAUUAUAUUUAAUCGACAACCAUUUAUUAUAAAAAUAAGUCUUCUUAUUAAUUGGAUUAUUCUCAUUUCAGGUUUAGUGAAUGGAUUUUUUUCAAUAAUAACCUUCUCUCAAAAGAAAACAAAAGAAGUUGGUUGUGGUUAUUAUCUUUUAACAUCAUCAAUUUGCUCAAUAUGUAUGAUAAUUAUAUUAACAAUCAAGUUUAUUCUACUCAUCAUUUCCCAAAUGUUAUUAUUAACUAAUCGAUCAUUAUUGAAUUUCAGCUGUAUUUCCUUAGAUUUUAUGAUUAAAAUUCUUUUAGUAUCAUGUGAAUGGUUCAAUGCAUUAGUAGCUUUUGAAAGAAUGGUGAAUGUCAUUCAGAAUACAAAAUUCAACACGAAAAAGAGUAAAAAAUUAGCUAAAUGGAUUAUUUUUUGUAUGUCUCUUUUCAUAAUAUUAACAUUUAUUCAUGAUCCAAUUCAUCGUCCACUUGUCAAUGAUUUUGAUGUCGAUGAAGAUAGAAUCUGGUGUUUAGCUCGAUAUUCAUCGAAUGUCAAUACUUAUGAUAUAUUUAUUACUCAUUCAUUUUUUCGUUCCAUUUUCGAUUAA